AUGCCGCAGCUGCGCGCUGCAAGUUCUUGUGGGAAGAAACAGGGCGAAAGUCCUCACAAAGUGAAUAACUUCCCUCUGCGAAGAAUCGCUCAAGCCUUUGUCAUCGCCACCAAGACGAGGCUCGAUGUAUCUGGUGUGAAGAUUCCGGACCACAUCAACGACGAUUACUUCAGGCGAAAGAAGUUGUCUGGCAAGAAGGGAGAGAAUAUUUUCGCUGCUGGAAAGGUUGAAUAUCAGGUCUGUUUUGAACCGUAUUUUCCUAACUGCGGGUUUCUCAGUUGUCGUCGCAGAGAUGUUUGA